AUGACUACUAUUCGUACUCUUAUUGCAGUAGCUUCGGUUCGUCGGUGGCAUAUCUCUCAACUUGAUGUUAAAAACGCCUUCUUGAAUGGAGAUCUUCAAGAGAAGUUUAUAUGCGCCCUCCUGGUGUUUCACAUGAUUCUGGUUUUGAAGACAGAGUUAGCUCAACAGUUUGAAAUGAAGGAUUUGGGUUCUCUACAAUAUUUCUUGGGUAUUGAGGUAGCCUACUCACCUAGAGGUUAUCUUCUCUCUCAGUCAAAAUAUGUUGCAGAUAUUCUUGAGCGGGCUAGACUUACUGAUAAUAAGACUGUUGAUAAUCCAAUUGAGGUUAAUGCAAAGUAUUCUUCUUCUGAUGGUUUACCUUUGUUAGAUCCUAUUUAUACCGUACUGUUGUUGGGAGUUUGGAUAUCUCACUAUUACUCGUCUCUAGAUAUUGCAUAUGCUGUUCAUGGGUUAGUCAGUUUGUUGCUUCCUACUACAGUUCAUUGGGCAGCUGUUCUUCGUAUUUUGCAGUAUCUUCGAGACCGUCUUUCAGAGUCUUUUACUUCCAUCCACUCUUCCUGGAGCUGCGUGCAUACUCUGAUGCUGAUCAUGGCAGUGAUCCUACGGAUGCAAGUCUGUAUGGUUUCUGUAUCUUUUUGGUUGAUUCUCUUAUUUGGAAGAGCAAGAAACAAUCCAUGUUUCAAUCUUCAACGAAGCAGAUAUCGUGCUAUGGCAUCUAAUACCAAAAAGAUUGUUGGUUACGUUGGUUACUUGCAGAGAUGGGCGUUUUUUUUCUCAUCCCACUCCCAUGUAUUGUGA